GCCGCCGGCAUAAUAAUCGGCAACCCUCUGGACAUCGUGAAAGUAAACCUACAACGAGGAGACAGAGGAGCACCUUUACUCGUUUCCACCCCAGCACAACCAACACCACCAAUUCUACCAUCUGCCUCAACGACCUCCCAAACAACCAAUGCAGCCAAAAACCUCUCUACCUUGCUCAAAGGCACCGCAGCCCCAAUCCUCGGCUAUGGCGCUCUAAACGCAUUGAUGUUUAUAACCUACAACCGCUGCAUGGAAUCCUUGCAUCAAGACCCUGCUCACCCUUCCUCUCUGUCCAGAACCUGGCUCGCCGGUGCUCUGGGAGGUCUAGCCACUUUUCUCGUCUCUGCACCUACAGAAUUGAUAAAGUGCAGAGCGCAAGUCAGUGGCUCUGGACACAGUUCUUGGCAUAUUGCAAAGGAGCUGUGGAAGGAAAGAGGAUUGAGGGGUUUGUAUUGGGGUGGUGGCGUUACGAGUGUGAGGGAUAGUGUGGGUUAUGGGUUCUACUUCUGGUCAUAUGAACUGAGCAAGAGACUUCUCAUAUCGGAGAGGCUUGACGUCGAAAAACCAGAAUGGAUGACCAUCUUGCUCUGCGGUGGCAUCGCUGGUGUGGUGACUUGGGCCUCUGUGUUUCCAUUAGAUGUCAUAAAGACUAGAGUGCAAACUCAAGGCAUAUCAAGACAUCCGAUUGGCAUGGCUUCCGGAGAGCAGUCUGAGUUGCUCCCAUCUAGAGACUCGGGACGAUUAGGCACCAUACAGAUUGCAAGACAAGCUUACCGAGAAGAGGGAUUGUCCGUCUUCUUCCGUGGCUUGGGUGUCUGCAGUUUCAGAGCUUUCUUCGUCAAUGCUGUACAGUGGGCAGUGUAUGAAUGGAUGAUGCACAUCUUGCUACCCGCAAAGGCCGGGCCAAACUCAAACAAACAUGAC